UGACCCCAAGUACUUAAACUCCUGUACCUUCUUCACCUCUUCACCCUGUAAUCUUACUGUUCCACUUCCCUCUCUUUCAUUCACACACAUGUACUCAGUCUUACUACGACUGACUUUCAUUCUCCUUCUCUCCAGCGCAAACCUCCACCUCCUCAGGUUUUCCUCCACCUGCUCCCUGCUCUCACUACAGAUCACAAUGUCAUCUGCAAACAUCAUCAUCAUUGUGAGACCUGCAAGCUCCAUCUAGAGGUGGCUUUAAUGCAAAUGCUAUCAAAGCCACCUCACUGCCAGUACGUCCUGCAGCUUGUGGAUUGGUUUGAAAUGGACAACUGCCUCCUGUUAGUCCUGGAAAGACCAAUCCCCUGCAUGGACGUGUACGAGUUAUGCUUGAGUGAAGGAGGCACACUCAGCGAGCUACUGGCCAAAAUGAUCAUGCUGCAGGUGGUCGAGGCUGCCCGCUACUGCCAAAGUCACAAGGUUUUCCACCGUGACAUCAAGGCGGAAAACCUUCUGUUCAACUCCGACACCCUGGACAUUAAAUUGAUCGAUUUUGGCUGUGGCGAUUUGUGGCAGGACACGCCCUACGUGGAAUAUGCAGGAACCCCAGAUUUUUGGCCUCCAGAAUGGAUCCAGCAACAACAGUACUACGCCGACCAUGCUACCGUCUGGAGUCUGGGCAUUCUCCUAUACAGCAUAGUCUGUGGAGAAAUGCCCUUCAGUAAUGAGGAGGAAAUUGUUGCUGGGUCCCUCAAUUUCAUACCUGGCCUGUCUGAAUCCUGCCGCCAUCUGAUCAACUGGUGCUUGGAGCAAGAUCCCACCAAAAGACCAAGCCUGAAGCAGAUCAGUAAACAUGGGUGGUUCACAGAAGGCCUUUCCGGUUAGCCAGCUUUUCCCUUCAGGGGUGGCCACGGCGAAUCAUCUCUCUCCACCUAUCCCUAUCUUCUGCAUCCUCAACCCUUGCACCCACUAGCUUCAUAUCCGCAUUUAUUACUUCCAUAUACCUCCUCUUUGGCCUUCCCCUUUGCCUCCUUCCUGGCAGCUCCAUGUCCAACAUUCUCCUACCGAUAUACUCACUCUCCCUCCUCUGAACAUGUCCAAACCAUCUUAAUCUGGCCUCCCUAACUUUCUCCCCCAAACGUCCAACAUGAGCUGUCCCUCUGAUGUACUCGUUCCUAAUCCUGUCCAACCUUGUAACUCCCAAAGAGAACCUCAACAUCUUCAGCUCUGCUACCUCCAGCUCUGACUCCUGUCUCUUCCUCGGUGACACUGCCUCUAAACCAUACAGCAUGGCCGGUCUCACCACUGUCUUGUACACCUUCCCCUUGAUUCUUGCUGAAAUUUUUCUACUGUUCCACUUCCCUCUCUUUCAUUCACACACAUGUACUCAGUCUUACUACGACUGACUUUCAUUCUCCUUCUCUCCAGCGCAAACCUCACCUCUCCAGGUUUUCCUCCACCUGCUCCCUGCUCUCACUACAGAUCACAAUGUCAUCUGCAAACAUCAUUGUCCAAGGAGACUCCUGUCUGACCUCCUCUGACAACUGGUCCAUCACCAUAGCGAACAGGAAGGGGCUCGGAGCCGAUCCCUGAUGCAGUCCCACCUCC